UUGCAGAGAAGCGAUCGGCCUCUUCGACGAAAUGGUUGCUCGUGGAUUUAAACCUGAUAACGUCGCAAUUGUCUCUACUCUCUCGGCUUGUGCACGGUCGGGGGACUUGGAGAAAGGGAGAGCUAUACAUGAUUACGUUAAAAGUAACGGGCUUUUCGUUGAUUCGUUUUUAGCUACUGGGUUGGUUGAUCUCUAUGCGAAAUGCGGUUUCAUCGAGACAGCGAUGGAGAUCUUUAGUUUAUGUUCGGACAAGACUCUGUUCACAUGGAAUGCUAUGAUCACCGGUCUUGCAAUGCACGGUUACGGCGAGGUAACUGUUGAUUACUUCCGUAGGAUGGUUGGCUCGGGUGUCAGACCUGAUGGUGUAAGCUUUAUAAGCGUGUUAGUGGGUUGCAGCCAUGCCGGUCUAGUUGAUGAAGCCAAGAAGCUUUUCGACCAAAUGGGGUCGAAGUAUGAUGUCGACAGAGAGAUGAAACAUUACGGGUGCAUGGCGGAUUUGCUGGGAAGAGCGGGGUUGAUCGAAGAAGCAGCGGAGAUGAUUGAGAAAAUGCCUAGAGAUGGAGGGAAGAGAGAGAAGCUGUUGGCGUGGAGCGGUCUGUUGGGAGGGUGUAGAAUCCACGGGAACAUAGAGGUGGCGGAGAAAGCUGCAGAGAGAGUUAGGGAGCUGAGUCCAGAGGAUGGAGGAGUGUAUAAAGUGAUGGUGGAGAUGUAUGCAAAUGCUGAGAGAUGGGAGGAUGUGGUUAAGGUUAGGCAAGUGAUGGAAAGAGAUGAGAGAGUGAACAAGAGUGCUGGAUUUAGUAGAGUUAUGUCCUAAGUCCUCAUUACCGUAUCAUCAUUUGGACUUGUAUUAGUAUUUACAAAUUCAAAUUUUUUUUUAUCAUAGUUGAAUAUUUGUAUUUUUAAGUAAUAAAUCUUUGUAUAUUCGUUGCCAAAUC